UUCACCAAUAAGGUCUCUGGUGGAGGUCAGCCCAACGCCAUCAUCUACGUCAAGAACCUUCCCUGGGCCACUAGCGACGACGACCUCGUUGAGCUUUUCCAGACUAUCGGCAUAGUCGAGCGUGCCGAAGUUCAGUACAAAGCCAAUGGCCGUCAUCGUGGAGCCGGUGUCGUUCAGUUCGGAAGUCAAGGCGACGCCACUACUGCGAUCAUGAGGUUGCAGGGCUACUCGUACGGUGGUCGUCCGCUCCACCUCAACUACGCUCGCUAC